CUCCUCCUGAACUGCUGCAGGCACUGCUCCUCAGGAGUCCUUCCCAAUGAGCGGAUCAGGAACAUCGGGAUCUCAGCACACAUCGACUCCGGGAAGACGACGCUGACGGAGAGAAUACUCUUCUACACGGGCAGGAUAGCACAGAUGCACGAGGUGAAAGGUAAGGAUGGCGUUGGAGCUGUGAUGGAUUCAAUGGAGCUGGAGAGGCAGCGUGGCAUCACCAUCCAGUCUGCAGCAACUUACACCAUGUGGAAAGACACCAACAUCAACAUCAUUGACACACCAGGCCAUGUGGACUUCACAAUUGAGGUGGAGAGAUCCCUGAGAGUCCUGGAUGGAGCCAUCCUGGUCCUGUGUGCUGUGGGAGGAGUUCAGUGCCAAACCAUCACGGUGAACAGGCAGAUGAAGCGUUACAGUGUGCCCUUCCUGACCUUCAUCAACAAGCUGGACAGAAUGGGCUCCAACCCAGCCAGGGCAGUGCAGCAGCUCAGAUCCAAGUUGAAGCACAAUGCAGCAUUUGUUCAGAUUCCAAUUGGGCUGGAGGGGAACUUUAAAGGAAUUAUAGACCUCAUUGAAGAAAAAGCAAUAUAUUUUGAUGGGGCACUUGGGCAGAGCCUUCGGUUCGAGGAGAUCCCAGCCGAGCUCAGAGCUGAGGCUGCAGACAGACGUCGGGAGCUGAUCGAGUGUGUGGCCAACUCAGAUGAUCAACUUGGGGAGAUGUUCUUGGAGGAGAAGAUUCCUACAGCUGCUGAGUUAAAGCUUGCCAUCAGAAGAGCAACACUGAAGAAGUCCUUCACCCCAGUCCUGGUGGGAAGUGCUUUGAAGAACAAGGGGGUGCAGCCACUGCUGGAUGCUGUCCUGGAAUACCUUCCCAAUCCUUCUGAGGUGGAGAACUAUGCUCUUCUUAACCAGGGGGAUUCUGAGGACCAAAGCAAGUUCCUGUUGCACUCUGCCCGUGAUGAUUCCCAUCCUUUCAUCGGCCUUGCCUUCAAGCUGGAGGCGGGCAGGUUUGGGCAGCUAACCUACGUGAGAGUUUAUCAGGGGAUGCUGAAGAAGUCAGAUUAUAUCUAUAACACCAGGACUGGGAAGAGAGUGCGAGUGCAAAGGCUCGUGAGGAUGCACUCGGACAACAUGGAGGAUGUAAAUGAAGUUUAUGCCGGAGACAUAUGUGCACUGUUUGGGAUUGACUGUGCCAGUGGGGACACAUUCACUGAUAAAACCAGCACUGACAUCUCCAUGGAAUCCAUCCAUGUCCCUGAUCCUGUCAUUUCCGUAGCCAUGAAGCCUUCCAACAAGAAUGACUUAGACAAGUUCUCCAAAGGCCUAAGUCGCUUCACCAGGGAAGAUCCCACGUUCAGGACACACUUUGAUGAAGAGAGCAAGGAGACCAUUGUCUCUGGGAUGGGGGAGCUGCACCUGGAGAUCUAUGCCCAGCGAAUGGAGAGGGAAUAUGGAUGUCCCUGCAUCAUGGGGAAGCCCAAAGUGGCCUUCAGGGAGAACAUCUCUGCCCCUGUGCCGUGA